GGGAUCGGGCAAAUUUCUUCAACUGUUGUGUCUGUGUUGUGAAAAUACGAUACCAUGCUUCACUGGUUUUAGAUCGACACAUUUGUUUUUGGCGCAUCUUUAAAAUGUCAUCGUUAUUUUGGAUGCAAUAUGUUGAACAGUUCGUAAUGAAUAUUGAAUAUGAUGAUGAACUGAUUGAUUCUGGACUCGCGGCGUUGUGAUUGUGUUUGCGGUUUGCAAGAAAUGAACGUUUAAUGCCGGUUACAGCUACAGUACUAUUGUAAGGAUGAAGCUGAGGAAGAGCAAUGUGCGACUGUUGGCACUGUCGGCUUUCUAUGCACUCUAUCUUGUUAUUGGAGCGUCCAUUUUUUCAGCCAUUGAAGGUCCGAAAGAACGGGAUUUAGUUAAAGAACUCCGUGAUUUGAGGAUACAGUUUUUGGAACAGAACAAAUGUAUAACAGACAGGCAGUUAGAGCAGCUUAUAGAAGUGAUAGUGAGAGCCACAAACAAGGGAGUGUCUGCCACCAAAAAUGUGACCAUGUCCGAACCAAACUGGACAUUUGGACAAGCCAUUUUCUUCUCUGGCACAGUACUUACAACAAUCGGAUAUGGGAGAGUGGCACCAUUGUCUGAUGCUGGGAAGGGAUUCUGUAUUCUAUACGCCCUGAUUGGGAUACCGUUAACACUCAUCAUGUUCUCAGCUGUAGUGGAACGUCUGAUGAUCCCCACAAAAAUUUUCCUCUACUUCCUGUUUAGGAAGUUGGGCCAUCUAUAUAAAGUGUUCCACAUCCAAGUCCUUCAUCUUGUCAUCAUGAUCGCCAUUGUGCUGGUGUUUUUCUUUGUUGUUCCCGCUGGUAUUUACGCAGCCUUGGAACCAACAUGGAACUUCCUUGAUGCAUUCUACUACUGUUUCAUCUCCAUGACAACAAUCGGACUUGGAGAUUAUAUUCCUGGAGAUAAUCCUGACCAAAACCUCAGAGCCUUAUACAAGGUUGGAACUACAGUGUACCUGUUCCUUGGGCUGCUGGUGAUGAUGCUAGUAUUGGCUGUACUCUACGACAUUCCAGAACUCAACCUUGGAUUUCAUUUCUACUUACGGAGUGAUGGCCAGGAUGAGGAACGCACUACAUUGCGUAGUUCUAUGGAUGGAGCAGGUGGACCAAAGUACUCCAAACAGGUGGACGAUGACCAACAUCCACAGCCAGUCGUCCCUCCCCCUAGACCACCCUUCACCAAAGAGGACACAACCAUACAAUCAACGCAAUAGCUUGGAUAUGAGGUGCAUUGAAUAGCCACAAGGACUGUCAGAACUUAAAAUUCUGUACUUAUUUAUGAACAUAGUCUCCAGUAUGUAUUGCAGAUACUUGUCCAAAUGUAUUAUUAUUGGGUACAUGGUAUGUUGUAUCAAUAAAUUGUUGGAGGAAGAUCAGGGUAGCUUGUCUCAGAAAGCAGGUAUAAUGACCAUUGAUGAGUCA